AUGUUCCUUCAGGGACCAUUUGGAAAGACAUUGGGAUAUGCGGUGCCAGUAGUCAACGAAGUGUUACUCGCACACAUUGCAAACGAGAAGAUCAAGGUUUCACAAUCUACAGUCUUGAAACCAACUCUUCAAUCUGGUGGUGAUGACGUCCCAUCCCCCCUUCUUGUACCUGCUGCUUCUAAUGAGGUUGAAUGUGACCCCACUUCAGCUUUUGAGGAAGAAAUAGAUGUUGCCGAUCCUUUAUCCCCUUCUCUUGUACCUGCUGCUCUUCAAUUCAAUGGUGCUUCUGCUGGAAUUCUCAACUUUUUCGCCCCAAUUCCUCAGAAGAAAGAUGAAUCUCGUCCUCAUGGACAUGGUGAUGGUGAUCUCUACUCAGCAUCUCCACCCAGGCAUUCCUCGCCGGCAGAAACUUCCGUCUUUUUACCAGUCAACGAGGGAACUAUCCUUUCGAACAUCUUGAAAGAUCAAUCAGUCGCUUCUGGGCAGACUCUCUCCUGCGCGCAGGGCACAUGUGCUCAUGGUGCUUGCAAAAGACAUGCGGCGAACACCCUUGUAUUGUUCCAAGGAGCUCAUCUCGCAACCAAAGAGCUCUUGUCUUCACCUGAUGCCAAUCGGUGUAAGGUCGCUAAGAAGGUCCUCCACAAUCAGGACAAGUUUCUGCGUCACAAACGGCUCAUAGAAAGGGGCAUAGAAGACUAUCCUCGCUCUUCCUUGAUGAGAGUUGGUCGUCGUUCCUUGAGAGAUGCACUAUAUAAGAUGGAGCACGGACCCUCAUGGGCAGGUGAUCGGUCCCAGUAGCCAUUUUAGCUAGUCUUUUCGUAUAAGUUAG